AAGGGGGAGAAUCAGUGGCAAAGUCAAAGAGCGACCGACGAGGUCUCCUCGCGACGUUAGUCGCGAGAAUUCCGCUCUGUGCAACAACCACGCGGCGCACAGCACCGCACCGGUGCAUAGAACAGUCAUCGUGAAAAAGUUCGCCACGCCGCUCCGCGUACGUGCAUUAGUUCGUUUGAUCGGAACGUACGCGCGCGUUUCAAGACACGCGCGCAAUCACUUCGGCUACGUGUCACGUCGCAUCAGACGCGCUCACUUCCGAUCACUCUUACAAUUCUGCCGUAGGUGUUAAAUAAAGAUACCCAUAUUUGUUGUACAUAUGCAGUACGCCUCGGAAGAAUUGUCAACAUUCUAAGAGAUCAUAGUAUCGAUCUUUGUAAACAAAAAAGUCCUGAGCACUCUUCAACAUAUGUAAUACACAAGGUAUAAAAUAUACCCAUCUUACGCAAGGAAAAGUUCAAGAAAAUUCUAGUUUUUCUAAAACAACAAAUUCUGUACAACAAAUACGUAAUGACGAAAAUGCCAACGUCAAAUAACAUGCUGCCGAUACAAGAUCUAGAGGUGUUGUUGAAGCAAACUUACGGUCCCGAUUUUCAAAUAAAUAACAUGAAAUGGAAGCCAUUAACUGACCCGGGAGAGAACUUCGGCAGCGUGAUAUUAGCUAUCAAUAUCAAUGCCCAACAGAACGACAAGAAAAGGACCUUGAACGUAGUUGUCAAACUGCCGCCGAGAUCGGCAUAUUUAUUGGAUUUAUUCGACAGCCCGUUAACUUUCAAGAAGGAAUUGACUUUUUACAGCGCCGUGGCACCGGAGUUUUUGAAGUUACAGGACGAAAGUGGGAUUCCCCGGGAGGAACUGAGCGUCAUUGUGCCCCAAUUUGUGGCCGGUAGAUUGGGCUUGAAAGAUCCGCAAUGUUUCGACGAGCAAGCGGCCAUUAUUCUAGAGAAUCUGAAGGAUCAAGAUUACACCAUGCAAGAUCGCAUUGUCGGACUGGAUAAGAUACACAUGGACUUCGCUAUCGGUCAUCUAGCCAAAUUGCACGCUAUAACGAUCGGCUUAAAACUGAAGAAACCCGAGUUAUUCCAAAAAACGGUGCUACCCGUUCUGAAUUAUUCCUCGAAUGAGGAUGCGAUGAAUGGCGUGAUAGACAUGGUGACAAAAACGCACGAGGAUUACAAGAAAAUGCCAGAAGCGGAAUCUUAUCUGGACAGGAUCGAGAAGACGAUCAAACACGGAUUCCACUAUUCCACGGAUUCCAUGGUCGAAACAGCGGAAGAACCUUGGGGGACGCUGGUACACAACGACUUCUGGGUGAACAAUAUGCUAUUCAAAUAUAACGAGUCAGGCAAACCGAUUAACAUGAAGAUAGUGGAUUUCCAAUUAACAGCAUAUGACUACGGCGUAAAAGAUCUUAUAUUUUUCCUCAUAUCGAGUUCUCAGGAAGAAGUAAUGGAUGAUCAUCUUGACGAUAUGAUUGAUUUGUAUUAUAACUCCUUCAUUGACUACCUGAAAUUGUUGAACGUGGAUAUAGGAUUGUUUCCCAAAAGUAAAUUUAUAGAGCAUUUAAACCAGAGUGCGCCUAAAAAAUUCAACCAAUGCAUAAUGAUGGUGCAGGUGAUACAGGCGGCACGUGGCUCGGUCACGGAAACAUCCACAUUAAAUGGAGAUAAGGACAUUUUCACGGGUGGUAUUGAUGACGUGAAUUACAAGCGGAAACUGCUGCACAUUUUGUUCACGUUCGAUCGAAAAGGGUGGUUCGUGAAUUGAUUGAUAGAAAAGUUUAUUUAUAUAAUAAAAUCAGCCCUAUCGUAAAGAUUGUCUAGUGCAAAAUAAAUGCUACCAUAUCCACCAAAUCGUUAACAGUAAAAAAUUAAAAGAUAGCUCUUCAAAUGAGAUCAAGUUUACAAUAUUACAUACAAGUAUACGGGUGACAAUAUUACAAGACAAUAUUAGAUGAUAAGGAUUGCAACUAGCAAUACACAGAUACGAUCGCUAAGUCAGUAGUUCCUAGGAUCAGUUUUAGUGAUAGAAAUACUAAUAUAAUAUAUUAAUAUAAAAAUAAUGCAAUUCUAUUUUCACACGACGCUAAAAAUGUGGCCAAUAAUCGCCGCAUUUUUGAAGGCAUCUCAUUAUACAUGAGCAAUCUUUAUUAUAUAGAUUUAUAGAUUUAGAUGCAUUAUAUGUAUAUAUUGCUGUAUAGUGUCAGCAAUGAAGAAGUCUAAUCACUUUUUAAUUUUAUAAGUUCUAGAACGGGUGAAAAUUAUCUGAUCAUUUUGAUUUUUGUUUAUUCCAAAGCAAGUCGACAAAAAUGUGCAGCAAUGUGCUUUUUGCCCCCAACUAUAUGCGCAAAUAGCUUUGCUUUCAUCUAAUUUACCAAAUCUAGCACAUACAAACACAAACACACACAUAUACAUAUAUAUACAUUAUCGACUUUGACUUUUAAUACUUUAAAAUAUUUACGUUGAUUAUGCUCUUCUAGAUUAUUAGUAAACAUAAUAAGUUCUGUGUAUUAAGUAUUGUAAAUUAUAAAGAAAUAUU